AGGGACGUAGAGCUCGAAAACGCUCAUUCGUGAUCGUCAAUUUGAAGUGUGAACAUCGUGAACGUACAAUCCUGUGCUCAUCAUGACUGGAAGAGGAAAGGGAGGAAAAGGUCUGGGUAAAGGAGGAGCCAAGCGUCACCGAAAAGUGCUGCGGGAUAACAUCCAGGGCAUUACCAAGCCCGCCAUCCGCCGUUUGGCUCGGCGCGGAGGAGUGAAACGUAUCUCCGGUCUCAUCUACGAGGAAACCCGUGGCGUCCUGAAAGUAUUUCUGGAGAAUGUGAUUCGUGAUGCGGUCACUUACACUGAACACGCCAAGCGUAAGACCGUCACCGCUAUGGAUGUGGUGUAUGCUCUGAAGCGUCAGGGCCGCACUCUGUACGGUUUUGGAGGUUAAAUUUAUCUCUAUAAAACUUCCAUGUGGAGUCUCAAAUCAAACGGUCCUUUUCAGGACCACAAUACAUUACUCAAGAGCUGUGUCUUUCGCAACAUUAAAAUGUUUUAUUUGAGAGAAAAAAUGUCUAUGAUGGCUUCGAAUGGUGUGCGUAUAACAUUUUACUCGCAUAACAAGCACUCACACUGCUGUAUAUUCAGUGCAUUUACAUGAGAUGGCGUUUUGUGAGUGUGAUUUUUUAUCUUAUACGUAUGCGUUUGAAGCGUUCGCAAAAGCAACGAUUGAAGCGUUGGUUAAAAUGAAUCAUUUUUCUCUCUUGCAUUUUUUUAUCUAAAUUUUCUUAUAAAAAUAUUUUUUUUAGAGAAACCUCUCAUCCUUUUGAAGCAAUAAUCGCCGCGUGGAUCAUACCGUUUUUUGCAUCAGCUAUAAUCUGACUUAUACAUGCGCAUCGUUCAUGUAUACUUGGGAUAACUCAUCAAAAGAAGGAAAUCGGAUGAAAAAAACUACACCGUUUACAUAAAGUUUAUGAAUUUAUUAUAACAGCCAACAGCGUCAAUGUUGCCUUUGAAUCCGUAAAUCACUCAAUGCUUAUUUCAAAACUAUCAAGCUAUGGAGUAAAUGGGGCGCUAGUUCAUUGGCUCUCCUGUUAUUGAAGUGAUAGGCAUAUUACAGUGAAUAUUUCCUUCUCUCUAUCAGCACCAUUCACCAACACGUCCGGGGAUCCACGUUUCUCGGCCCUAUGCUAUUUAAAAAUGUAUAAAUGACGUUAUUUACGUUAUACCAGAUUGCGAAAAAUUGUUUUAUGCAGAUGAUAUGAAAAUGUUCCUACCAGUAUCAGAUCAAACCGAUUGCUUAACUCUUCAAAACUGUUUAAUUCGAUUUAACUCAUACCCACCAAAUACUUUCUGCAAGAUUUGCUAUCAGGGUGCUAUGAACAUGAAGAAAUUAACUCCACCUCCAAAA